AUGGCUGUUAUUAAGAACGUCGCUAUUGCUGGUGCCUCCGGCAACAUUGGAGCACACGUCCUGAGGGCGCUUCUCGAAGCCAACUUCAACGUUACCGUUCUGACUCGCUCUCAGACAUCGAAUGACUACGGGGCUCAAGUCAAGGUUGUCGAGGCUGACUUCAACUCGGUCAGAGAACUGACCGCAGCUCUCAAGGACCAGGAUGCUGUGAUUUCGACCCUUGGGAAGUCAGGGUUGGAAAAGCAGACACUUCUCAUUGAUGCAGCCAUAGCUGCCGGCGUCUAUCGGUUCAUUCCUUCAGAGUUCGGCUCAUGUACUACCAGUCCAAAGGUUGCGGAUCUUCCGUUCUACUCUACGCUGGCAUCCGUUCGCAGCCAUCUCAUGGAGAAAGCCACUACGAGUGCUUUGACAUAUUCCAUCAUUGCGCCAGGCUGCUUUAUGGAGUACUUCUUGGCAUUUCCUGCCGCGAUUGACUUCAAGAAUCGGUCGGUCGCCUUCAUGGAUGGAGGAAAUACUAGGGUCAGCGUCACAUCUCUGGCAACUUUCGCGAGGGCGGUUGCUGCUGUGCUUAACCACCCUGAGGAGACUAAGAACCGUGUCGUCUAUAUCUCCGAGGCAAUCCUGACUCAGAGGCAGUUGCUAGACAUUGCAAAGAAAGUCAAGCCCGAGAUCCAGUGGACGACCAGCGACAUCAAGUCAGCCGAUAUCUUGAAAGCUGGUCUUGACGCAAUAGCCUCUGGGGGCGACAUCUUACAGGCUUACGGACAGAUAUUGGUGGGCACUGUCUUUGGCGAGGAAUAUGGCAGCGUAUUCGACAAGAACGAUAACUCACUGCUUGGCAUUGAGACCCUGACUGAAGAGAGACUCAAGGCUCUAAUCGCUGAUCGUCUUGACUAA